AUGAUCAACGAUAAUAAGGAGAUUGCUAUUAUGUCCCUGGAGAAACUGCCUUCAGAAAUACUAAUUAAUAUAUUUAGUAAUCUUGAUGAAAGGGACCUAUUUAUACUGCAGUUGUUGUCAAAAAAAUUUUACGAUAUUAUAAAUGAUGAAGAACUUUGGAAAAACUUGUUCCUGUCUAAAUUCAAGACGAGUUAUUUCCCAUCAUAUGCAAACUCUAAUAAGUUUAGUGUGGAAUUUAAUAGUCGUAAAGAUGGUUUGAACGAGUGGAAACAUAACAAAUCAGUGAGAACUAAGUAUUCAAUUUCAAGUGGUAGUUUAGUUACGUCAGAGAUUGAGCAACUAUUAUUUGAUUAUCCACGUUGCCUAUGUUACAGUGACGGUGUCAUUACAUUACUUCAGUUACAACAAUUUAGAAAAACUAGAGGUAAUAAGACGAGGUUAACUUAUAUCCCAUGUACAACACCUCAAGGUUGUUCAACUAUGCAUUUUGAUUUGGGGUGUGCAGUGUUUGGAAGAUUUGAUGGAAGAAUAUAUGGUAAAAUGUUAAGUACAAAAUCGUACUUACAGCCGAUUGUAGAGUUUGAUGAUCAUCAUACGGGAGCUGUGACUGCUAUCAAAACGGUAGAUAAUAAUGAAAACAGGUGUAUAAGUGGUUCAGAAAAUGGUGACAUAAUAUGGUGGACAGAAGCAAAAAAAGUAAAAUCCAUGAAACUAUCGAACAAGCCGAUAUUAAGAGUGGAAAUGUGGAAAGAUUGGACUAUUGUAUUGGAUGAAGAGAAAAUAUAUGUCAUUUAUAGAAUGACAGAUCUAAACGAAAUAUCUUUAGAUUUGGAUAUUAAAAACAUAAACAGUAGAGCACCAGUUAAAGUACAUUUUUUUAAAGUUGAUUUUGGGUCAAAAUCUGUAUUGGUAGGAGAUACCAAAAAUCUUUAUAUAAUAUCCUUCAAUCCAAAUAACAACUUAUUUGGUUUUACUAAAUCUAUGAAUUUCGAAGAUGAAUUGAUAGAGGAGGUUGUAAUUGAUGAAGCAUCUGCUAAAAGAGAUCAAAGGUUGGAACUCGCUGGACAGGAUGGAUGUUUUAUCGCAAUUAAAACUGAUUUGAAUAAAAUUUAUAUUGUUGAUAUUCGAGCACCUGGUGCAACUUUUCAUCUACAAUCGAAAAUAGUACUAAGUAAUGGAGAAAAAGCAUACACAUGCCAGAUUACAAAUUUGGUAAUGGUAUGUGCUCUUAAGGGUUAUGUAAAUAUUUACGAUGCAUUAAGUGGUGAAUUGAUUAAAACGGUACAGAAAACAGAAAAAGAACCUGGCUUCCUAAGAAUUUCUCAGGGAAGGCUUUUAUUAAGUAAUAGGGAAAAUAUGGUACAUUAUUUCAAAUUCAUACCGGAUGAUAAUUCAGAGACAUCUAAAUCAGGUACUGGUCAAAGUUCGAGUGCCAACCGCAAUACUACAAAGUGGAAAGAGACUUUGAAUGCUGAACUUGAAUUAUAUGAAGAGGAAGAAGAAAGAAAUGAGCUUCAACGCAUGGAAAACUCUAGGUUGUUAAAUACAUAUGGUGGUGAUUUCACAACAAGUACUGACCUUAAUGGAAUAGAGGAUGAAGAAGAACUACAAUUACGCAUAGCUCUUAUGGAAUCGGAAAAUUACACUUCUAAUGCUGUUAAUGCAGAAAACGAUGAAGCUAUGAGAAAUGCAAUUCAGGAAUCUGAUAGAUUGUUUAAUACUGAACAAAAUAGCACAUUAGAUAAUCAAAUAGGCAUUGAUGAGGAAUUGAGAAUGGCAUUAGAACAAUCUAGGAUUGAAGAUGAAUUGAGAAGGGCAACCGAAGUUGAAAAUAUUACUUCCUCAGUAAAUAAUAUAAAUAGUUCUUCAUCUCUAGAAGAUGAAGAAUUGCAACUAGCAAUAGCUUUAUCAUUGAGUGAAGCAGAGAGAAACUAG